AUGUCAAGCAGGAAUUUGAGGAGCCACAAGAAGUUAGAUGACAAUGUAUAUGAAGCAGUCAAACAGACUUCACCUGAAGACAUAGAUGUUAGCAAUGACGAAGAAGACAGCGAUGACGCCCCUGAAGAGGAAACGUUACUUACGGGAAAAGAAAAAGUGAUAGCUAAAAUUGAAGCUGAGCGUGCUGCGCUUCGAGAUAUAGAAAGACAAAAGAAAGAGAAACGAAAGCAAAUUGAACAACGAAAUCGUGAACAGGCGGAACAACGCAGAAACCGGGCUGAGAAAUCCGAAGAAACCCCAAACUUUCUUCCUCAAGACCUGUUACAAAACUACGACGCAGAGGAAGAACUCGAAAAGCCUAAAAAAACUGUCUUUAAUGAUGAGGAACCGGAUAUUACUCGAAAGGACAUGUUGGCAGCAAAGCUCAAGGAGGCUCGUGGAAUGAGUAAAAAAGUGAUGAGGAAGGGCCCGGUGCGAGUUCAGAUUCUCAGUAAGAACAGGGGUCUCUUGAGCGUACCAACAAGUAACAUCAAGUCGAAAAAGGAUAAGUGGCUGAACCGCAAAGUUCUCAAGCGCAAGUAA